AUGGCGAGCCAAGCUCCUGCUGACACCCCGGUCGCUUCUGACGCGGCGGUAACUCAGACCCUUCCUGACCGCACCCAAAACCCCGCUGAUAAGGAUGCUCCCCAGGGAGAUGUCUCGAAGAAUGCCGCGAAGAAGGCCGCAAAGGCUGCAGAGCUUGCCGCUAAGAAGGCUGAGAAGGCUGCCAACAAGGCUGCUGGAAAGCAGGAGCCCAAGAAGCCCGCUGCUGCGAAGGCCCCGAAGAAGAAGAUCGAAGGUGCUGCUCUGAUUGGUAUUGAUGUCUCCAAGGAGGAAGAUUUCCCAGGAUGGUACCAGCAGGUUCUUACAAAGGGUGAUAUGCUCGACUACUACGACGUUUCGGGAUGCUUCAUUCUCAAGCCCGCUUCGUACUUUAUCUGGGAAGAGAUUCAGGACUGGUUCAAUGCGCGCAUCAAGAAGAUUGGCGUAAAGAAUUGCUCGUUCCCUCUGUUUGUCUCCGAGGAUGUCUUGAACAGGGAAAAGGAUCACAUUGAAGGCUUUGCUGCUGAAGUUGCUUGGGUGACUCAUGCUGGCUCUACCCCCCUCGAGAAGAAGAUUGCCAUUCGUCCGACAUCGGAGACGGUUAUGUACCCGUACUACUCCAAAUGGAUCAGAAGUCACCGUGACCUGCCCCUCAAGCUGAACCAGUGGAACUCCGUCGUGCGAUGGGAGUUCAAGAACCCCCAGCCUUUCCUCCGAACCCGUGAGUUCCUUUGGCAAGAAGGACACACGGCUCACUUGACAAAGGAUUCUGCCCAUGAUGAAGUUAUGCACAUUCUCGAUCUGUAUGCUCUGAUCUACAAGGAGCUCCUGGCUGUCCCCGUGGUCAAGGGUCAGAAGACAGAGAAGGAGAAGUUCGCUGGUGGUUUGUACACCACUACCGUAGAAGGUUACAUCCCCGCCACUGGCCGUGGUAUCCAGGGUGGUACCUCCCACGGUCUUGGCCAGAACUUCAGUAAGAUGUUCAACAUCACCGUCGAGGACCCCUCCGCCAAGGCCGAUGAGAAGAAGCCUCCUCUCCACGUGUGGCAGAACUCCUGGGGUCUGUCUACCCGUACCCUUGGUGUCAUGGUCAUGAUCCACAGUGAUAACCGUGGUCUGGUCCUCCCCCCUCGUGUCGCAGACACCCAAACCGUUAUUGUCCCCGUCGGUAUCACUGCCAAGACCAGCGACGAGGAGCGCCAGAAGCUGUACGCCGAGAUCGACGGCCUUGUCGACGUCCUGACUGGCGCCGGUGUCCGCGCUACUAGCGAUCUGAGAGAGGGUUACUCCCCCGGCUGGAAGUUCAACGACUGGGAGCUCCGUGGUGUGCCCCUGCGCAUCGAGUUCGGUCCCGGCGAGUCCGCCGGCCAAUUCGUCACUGCCGCCCGUCGUGACAUCCCUGGCAAGGACGGCAAGUCCAGCAUCCAGAUCUCCGAGCUCUCCACCGCAGUCCCCGCCAUGCUGGAGCAGAUCCAAAAGGAUCUGUACAGCCGCGCAGAGGAGACCUUCCGCACUCACCGCAAGCUGAUCACCAACUGGGACGACUUCACCCCAGCCCUCAACGACAAGAACAUCUGUGUCAUCCCCCACUGUCUCACCGAGGAGUGCGAGGACCAGAUCAAGGACAUGAGUGCCCGCAAGGCAGAGGAAGACUCUGGCGUCCCUGAAGACGCCAAGGCCCCUAGCAUGGGCGCCAAGUCUCUGUGCAUCCCCUUCGAACAGCCCGAGGGCAUCGUCGCCGGCGAGACCAAGUGUGUCAACCCCAAGUGCACCCGGCUUGCCGAGAAAUGGUGCAUGUUCGGCCGCUCCUACUAAGCGCAAUAGAUCGCCUUGGUCUUAUCUGCAUAGAUGUCAAAUAGCACCUAGCAAG